UGUAGCAAUAAUUGACACUGGGAAUUAGUCUUUGUGUAUUCUCCAUAGGGGCAGCUUAGUCUAUUUUGGACUUCUUCUAAGGUCUUGCACCAUGAGUUAAAAACUGUCAUGGAUACAGAGCAUUGUUACUUUCCUGUGUCAAUAGAGAAAAAUACUCUGGUAAUAUUUCAGUUCAUCAGAGGUAUACAGCUUAAACAGGUCCACAGCUAAAUGUGUGUGCAGAAAUGUAAAACACACUACCAAAGCACCAUGGAAAGCACCGCACAGCUGUUCUUAUUAGGGAUGAAUACCCAUGGAAUCUGUGAAAGUUACAAAGAGAAAGGAACUGGUUUCAACUGCCAGUGAACCCACGGCUUUGCCUGGUAAGACUCCCCAUUAGGGACAUACACAUCUGGUGGACUUGUCAAACACUAGUUGUCACCUGUCAUAUACUGCCACGUCACUCAGCUAAUAUGUCAUGACAUAUUGUGAAGGUCACAGUACAACCCUCUAAAUUUAUUUCUCUCUACACCAAGGAUUCUCGUGACUGAUCCUAAAGGAGGACUUUAUAAAAAGCAUUUAAAUUCUGUGUCACACACCUAACACCACACAGAAAUAUCUUCUUCAUAAUUAAACUUCACUGGGAAAGUGGUCAAGGAGCCCCUAUCAACUGCUAUUGACAGCUGAUUGAAUUUUAGGGAUAAAACUCUCUGGUCAGGGAAACUUUCAGGAGAGUUUAUCAUUCUAUCAAGGAGAUGGAGUUAGACAUUUAAGUACCUUAUAAUGAUUUUUUUUUUUUUUAAUAUUUAGAGGAGUGAAGGAUGAGCUCUAAUUGGGGACAAAGCAAUGAAUGGCCAGGGUAAACUACCAUUCAAUAGGGCUGUGAAAGUAGGUUACCAAGUGCGCAAGACAACAGACUAACGGACUUGACCUUGGUCUGGACCCAUCUGAGCCCCACCUUCUGCAGUUCCUACACUGGUCUCAGCCUUUAGCAUAGGAGAGCAUCAAGGCUGUGAGUAAAGCAUUCUCUAGAGAUUCUAUGCUUGGCUCUUGUUUAUUCAACUGUGACUGUUAGCAAGAGACCUUUACAAACAGACACCUCAGUAGAAGGUAACAGAAAGCAAGACUCCAUUGUAGGUUCUGGAAAAUUGGCCUAGUUAAUGAAGGGCAAACUACUAAAGCCUCAGGGAGACUGGGAAGCUCUGCAGAGGGAAGAGGACUUGAAUGAUCACACCUGCAGUAGUUCCUGAGGACAGCCACACACCAAACCAGCUGGGAUGUACCCCUUCCAGAUUGCAGGGGAUAUCAACUGCAGAUGGACUCUUCCAUCCCCAAAAUUCCCCUUUGCCAUGCCAUCAAAUCCAUGAGUGUGGUUCAGUUCCAAGCAGACAGUGAAGAACUGCAGUUCUUUUGACUAAGUAACAAUGGUGUUUAUGGAGAUGCCAGGCUAGGUCUUUAUUUCCACAUCACCUCCAUUAAAAUCCUAAUAGCAUGACAUGGUGCCAGGGAUAUCUCUCUCUUGAUAGUUGAAUGGAACUGACAUGUGACUCUGUUUCAGAUUCCCUCUUCCCUUUGGAUCAGAGGAGAGAGAGGAAGGCCCACACCUGUUUGCCCUCAGUUUCCCUGAGGAGAAACCUGCAGGCUUUAGUUUCACUUUCUCUUUCAGGUUCCUACUGUGACUAUAAAAGGACACACACACACACCACAGCUCACAGAGCUGUCUCCCAGCCCUUCUCUGAGAGUCCAGUUGGUGUGCAAGUCCACAAGACAGCAGAGUUAGAAGACAGGAUUCUGAGGAGCCUGUCCUGGUGAGAACCCAGAGAACUGCUGCCACCUUCACAGCAACCAUGGGAGAGAAUGCUGGCAGUGAUCAGGUCAAGAAGAAUCUGUAUCAGCUGAGAUGUCACUUCACAUGGGAGCUGCUUUUCAAAGACCUUGACAUACCUGAUUUGGAAAUGAGGAUCACUGAGGAUCUUAGGUUUCUAGACAUCAAAAACCAAGUGGGGAUGCUCAACCUCUGGGCCUAUGUGAAACACCUGAAAGGCCAGUAUGAGGAAGCCCUGCAGAGCUUGAAAGAAGCCGAAGCCUUGAUCCAAGGAGAGCAGUUAGGCAAGAGAAACCUGGUGACCUGGAGCAACUGUGCCUGGGUGCAUUACCACAUGGGCAUGUUGGCAGAAACUCAGACCUACCUGGACAAGGUGGAGAACACAUGCAAGGAAUUGGGUAGUCCCUACCGCUAUAGUACGGAGUGUACCGAGAUAGAAUAUGAAAAAGCCUGGACCUUGCUGAAGUGUGGAGGACAGAAUUAUAAACGAGCCAUGGCCUGCUUUCAAUUGGCUCUGAGAGAGGAUCCUGAAAACCCUGAAUACAACAUUGGCUACGCAGUUGCAGCCUAUCACUUAGACUUGGAUUACAAGAAUAUCUCUCUUAUUCCCCUAAGGAAGGCUGUCAGGUUAAAUCCAGAAGAUCCACAUAUUAAAGUGUAUCUUGCCCUGAAACUUCAGGAGGUAGGAUUAGCAGCUGAAGCAGAAACACACAUUGAAGAAGCCCUCAGUAACACAUCCUGCCAACACUAUAUCUUUUGGUGUGUAGCCCAUUAUUACGGAAGGAAAGGCUGCCUAGACAAGGCUCUCAAUCUGCUACACAGGGCCUUGCAGGUGUCACCUGCCUCUGGCUACCUGCAUUACCAACUAGGGCUCUACUACCAUCAUCAAGUGAUGCAACUGAGGACAUCCAUGAAUGAGCAGGCCAGAUGGCAGGCGGCACAACAGGCCAUUUUUGAAUUUCAAGAGACUGUGAAAAUCAGGCCCAUAUUUGAGAUGGCUUAUGUAUCCAUGGCUGAAGUACAGGCAGAAAUUGGCCAACAUCAAGAAGCAGAGGCAAAUUUCCAGAAGGCGCUGAACAUGAAGGAACUGAAUAGGAAUCUUGAGUCUCACAUAGAGCAGGAUAUUCAUUUACGCUAUGGCCAUUACCAAUACUUCCAUUGGCAUUCUGAAAAAGAAGCGAUCACCCAGUUCCUAAAAGGUCUUAAACUGAAAGAAAAAAACUUUGUCUGGAGGAGACUACUGAUAGCUUUGGGGGAUUUGGCCGAAAGUCGUGUUAACCAGAAUGUUCGCCUUGUGGAGAGCACCAGCUUGCUUGGGUUAGUUCACAAACUGAAAGGGAAUAUGAAGGAAGCCGUGAAGUUCUAUGAGAGGGCUCUGAGGCUCACUGAGGAAGUGAAUCCUGAGUUCUGAAUGCAGCUCACAUCUGGGAAGUGAAUGUACUCAUAACUGAGGGUUCCCACCUUCCUUCCUGAUUUCUUUCUCCAUCCUCUUUGCCACCCCUCAUUGUGGUGACUCUAAGGAACUUCCACCCCACUAUAUCUGCUCACUUACUGACCAGAACUGACUCCUGCUGAUCUGCACUCCCUUGAGCUGUGGGAUACUAGGACAUCUUUUCUUUAUGUCUGUGUCUUGGGAAUGUAAUCAUCCAUCUUCUGCCUGCCAGUGUCCUGGACAAAGAGGUAUUCUCCUAGGAAGCUUUUACUUUAGGUCAGAAGAUACUCUUAGUACAGUGCAGUGUCAGAGGAAACCAAGUGAUCAAAAGGGAGAGUUUAAAAGCUGAGAAGUCUCACCAUACUGCAGAAUCAUUCUUGGCUAAUAAGAGUCUUAAGUUUGGGGGAAGCCAAGCAGGGGAAACUUGCUGGGACCUUACAGACUGAAGAUGAUACAAGGAGAUUUGUGCAGGAUUUCUGUGCUAUUGAUAGUGUGUUAUAUGUGAUAUUUUCCCCUCAAAUAAAUUAUAUUCAGUAAAAUUCCCUGAAUCACAAAGUCUUCCAGUGUAAUUU